AUGGUUAUUCUUGAUCGAGACAGUGAAGAGGAAGCGCUAAGGAAUUUGAUGCUAAUGGAACCGAUGUUUGACACAUGUGCGGAUAAAGAUUUGAAAGAAUUACAAGAUGCACAUGAUUCUGGAGAAGCAGUCUCGAAUGUGACAUUCAGUCAAGUGAUGUUUCUAAGAGGUUUGGGGUACGAUUUCAACAAAGAUGACUGUAAUUUGUACUAUACUUUUGAUGAGGUUCGAAACAUGUCGAUAUUCCCAAGAGAUCACCAUGGAAAACCUUUGUAUUCUUAUUAUGAUUCGUGGAAUUGGGGUCUAAAUGACAUUGACAUCUUGAGUCUUUUGAAUCAAACGGAGAAAUUCGAAAAUAAUUGUACACACGAUGAUCUCGAUAAGAAACAAGUUGUUGUUUUUGCUUUCAUCUCAAUGCCAAUGGAUGAUGUUUACUCAAUCGACAUUUUCAGUUUACUCAAUCGACCUGCUUACCACUUCUUUCGUUUCUUGGAGAAUCGGCUCAAGCUCAAGUUUGCCUUUUUGGUCAAAAUGCAUCAAGAAAUCACUGAUGCUGGCUUUGAUCGAUACGUGGCUGCUUACAGAAGAGGCGAAGAUGAAUGGGAAGUCGAUCCACAGAAUUUGCACAUCAGCACGGAGAAGCUCGGUUCCGGUGCCGCUGGCUUAGUGUUUAUGGGAAUUCUCAGCGGCUUGCCACCAGUUUCCAUAAUCUAUCCAAGAGCUCAGCUGGUUGGUAAUUAUGCGAGAGAUGAGAACCCAGUGGCCAUCAAGAAACCCCACGAUGGGGCUGGAGCUGAAGAAAGAAUCGAGUUCCUGCAAGAGAUUCGCUUUAUGAAAACUCUCGGUUUCCACCCUCACGUGCUUACAAUGUUGGGUUGUUACAUCUAUCCACUCCAUCCAUUGAUCGUCACUGAACUCUGUGAAUUUGGUGAUCUUCUGUCAAUCGUGCGACUAUUCGGUGAUCCAAAAACGAGAUCUACAGCUCCAAUCGAGGUCGACAUUCUCCCGGUGAUGGCCUGGCAAAUUUGUGAUGCUCUUUCUUUUCUCGCCUCAAUCGGAAUCAUCCACCGUGACGUGGCAGCGAGAAACGUUUUAGUGACAAAAGCGAAAAUUGCUAAACUAUCCGACUUUGGUCUUUGUCGAAAAAGUGAAAAUUUGAUGUAUAUUGGAAAGAAAGUUCCGGCAAGAUUACCAUUGAAAUGGAUGGCGCCUGAAGCCAUUGAGAAAGCCGAGUACAGCCACAAAUCCGAUAUGUGGUCUUACGGAGUUGUCCUUUAUGAAAUCUUCUCUUUUGGCACUGUCCCUUAUCCGACAAUCUCAUCAGAAGCUGUUCUCGAAUUUGUGAAGAAAGGAAAUCGUUUGGAAACUCCACAAGACACUCCUCCAUGGCUAGAACCAUUGAUGGAAUCAUGUUGGGAAGAGAAACCAGCAGAUCGACCAAUGGCCUAUGAUCUGAAAGCUGCAUUGUAUUCCCAUAUUGAGACGGCCGCAAAUAGUUAUGGAUAUCUACAGAUGAACCUUGACGACUACCCGGGAGAAGAGAAUGAUGAUGAAGAGAUCGAAAUGCACGCAAAUGAAUCCUUCAAGAUUCUCGACACAAAAUUC